UCGUUUUCUUCCAUUUCGCAAGGUUCUUUUUGAAGGAAAAAGGCCAUUAAAGCUGAUCUUUAUUUUCUCUAGGGUGUCUUUCGACAUGUCUGUCUGCUUCAAAGUACAAAGUAUCUCCCAGAAAGAGAGAGGGACAACUCAAGAAAAAGUAAUAAGAGUUGAUAAAGAGAUGGCAUUAGAGGCAGUGGCUUACCCGCAGGACCGAUUUGGUUACGCUUGCAAAGACUUGUGCUCUCUGGGAGCUGGAGCUUCCGGAUUUCUUGAUCAAAAUACAGGUCUUCAUGCAAAUUGGGACUCCUCAUCUCCUUCAAUGAUGCAACACGCAAUGGAUUGGGCUCCUAAUUCUUCUCCUGAGGACUUCACAGUUGACCAAUCUCCAUCUGAAGGAUUACUACCGGCAACAACGGCCGGUAGGCGGAAGCGAAGACGCACUAAGAACAGCAAAAACAAGGAAGAAAUUGAGAAUCAAAGAAUGACUCACAUUGCUGUUGAACGCAACCGCCGUAAACAGAUGAACGAGUACCUAGCCGUGCUUCGGUCUCUUAUGCCGUCUUCUUAUGUUGAAAGGGGUGACCAAGCAUCGAUAAUCGGCGGCUCCAUUAACUUUGUUAAAGUGUUAGAACAGCUUUUGCAGUCCAUGGAGUCCCAGAAGAGGACUGCAAAAAAACCAGGCGAUAAUGGCGUCUCUUCCCCGUUUGCGGAUUUCUUCAAUUUCCCGCAAUAUGCAUCACUUGCAAGUCAGCACGGCAGUUCAUUUGACACGGCAAGUGAUUCGAGUAUGACGGAUAACAUUGCAGAUAUAGAAGUGAAAUUGGUGAGGAGCCAUGCCAACAUUAAGAUACUUACAAAGAGACAACCCAGGCAGCUCCAACAGAUGGUGGCCAGGUUUCAACGUCUCCGGCUCAGCAUUCUCCAUCUCAAUAUCACAACUACUAUAGAUCAAAUGGUGCUAUAUUCACUCAGUGUUAAGAUUGAGGAAGGGUGUCACCUGAGCAUGAGCACGGUGGAUGAAAUUGCAGGUGCUGUGAAAAAAACACUAGUGAAUUGAUGAAGAAGUUGCAGCUUUUCUUUAGAUAAUAGCUAAUCAAAAUGUGAAUAUAAUUUUUUUUUUUUUAAAUUCUGUAACUGGGGUUAUCUAUGUCUCUGAUAAUUGAUGAGUUAAAGUGUCACUGGUACUGUCGCUUACUUUCGUUCUAGUUAUCUGUCUUCUUCGGACCUUUGAGAAUCCUGUGUGGUGUGUACAAAAUUUGUCCUGACCGCCCACCGGCCCCCGGACUCCUAAAAUCUUAUGCCGUGGGCUUUUAAGCCAUGUAUGAUCUGCUCCGGGUAAGCAACAGACACCACUUACUUCCAGUUGCAUGCAUCUUCUAAGUUUUAUAU